CUGCGCAUGUGUGGACAGAGUCCGCCAGGCUGACAGAAGUAGUCCGGUCCGCUCCACAGUACUGAUACUCUCCGUGUGUACUUGUACUGCAGUAUUUAAGGACCUGGUUUGGCGGCUCUCUCUGGACGGGAACUGAAGUUUACGACGUUUCUGGAAGGCUGUAAACACAUUGUGCGCAUGCGCUGAGUAGCAACAGUGGGUUCACGCGGGUACUCGGUCCAGGUCGGUCCAGGACUCCGGCGGACCCCGUCUGAGCUCCCGGUGUCGGUGUCGCAGGUUAACCGGAGCACGGAGCUGCUAACUGUUAGCCGCUAACUGUUAGCCGCCCUCAGCGCGAGCCCGCCGCGGUGUUAGCCGGGAAGCUAACUCAGCUUGUUGUGGUCGGGAAGCUAACGUUAGCAUCAGCUGAAGUGUGACACGUCCAGGUGAGCGGCGCUCAGGCGGAUCCACUUCAGUCCUCCCUGCAGACCUGUGAGGCACCACAGAAGAAGAAGGGGGAGAUGGUGUCAGACGUGGAGCUGGAGGUGUCGGACGGAGGAGGGAGGAGAGUCCUGUCCCUGGACGACUGCCGCUGUCCCGUGUGUCUGGAGAUCUUCAUGGAGCCGGUGACGCUGCCCUGCACGCACACCUUCUGCAAGGGCUGCUUCCUGGAGUCGGUGGAUAAGGCCACGCUGUGCUGCCCGCUCUGCAGGAAGAGGGUCUCCACCUGGGCCCGGCUCCACAGCAGGACCAACACGCUGGUGGACCAGCAGCUGUGGACGCAGAUUCAGACCGCCUUCCCUCUGCAGUGUCAGCGCCGCCUCAGCGGGCAGGACGGCGUCAGCGAGGAUGACGCUGGAGUCUCGGUGUGUUUUCCCAGGGUGAGUCGGCCCGGAGAGGUGAGGCAGGAAUAUGAGGACCAGCUCACUAAACUGUCGGAGGAGAAGCGAGCGCUGGACGAGGAGGAGAAGAGAGCCAGCGAGGAGUACAUCCAGAGGCUGCUGGCCGAGGAGGAGCAGCUGCUGCAGGAGGAGAGGAGGAGGCGGGAGGAGGACGAGAGGCUGGCCAGACUGCUCAGCAGCCAGCUGAACUCUGCUGCCGUUUCUCAGGACAACCUGCGUCCUGCUGACGCCACUCCGGCCAAGAAGAAGAAGGAGGUCGCCGCCGGACAGAUCGACAAGUUCUUGAGUCCUCGUCCCUCUAACACCAGCUCCUCAGACUGCAGCUCUGCGUCCAGGCUUAGGGCCAACAAGGAGAACAUCCUCGUCUCUCAGCUGCAGUCCGAGCGCCCCCUCCCUAAACUGGACUAUUAUGGCCCUCAGACCACCCGCGACAUGUCAGAAGCUCCGCCCCUCCGUCCCACCUCCCCAUCAGCCUCAGUGGAGGAGCAGCUCUGCCCCGGGAGCAUCAGGAGCCACCUGAUCGGAGACGGGGGACCCUCAUCGUCCAAGAGGAAGAACUUGGAGCAAGAGACAGCGGAAGUGGAGGAGGAGACGGGGACCAAACGAGUCUGUCGCUCUCUGCCCCUCCCCUCCUCCUCCUCCUCCUCCUCCUCUCUGGAGGGUGGGGGUUCGACCCUGCAGGGGAUCUUGGAGUGGGAGGCGGAGCUGCUGAGCAGACGGCAGCAGGAGGACGAGGACCGGCGGCUGGCUUUGCUCCUGCAGAAGGAGCUGGACCAGGAGGUGAAGCGGAGAGCCACCGACAGACGCAAAGGGUCCUCUGAUGCUUACCUGCUCCGCCAGACCCGCAGCGGGGAGGUGGAGGCCAGCAGCUCCCACACUCCCAGCAGACCAUCCAGGAAGACUACAAAGACCUCCUCCUCAGCUGUAAAGACUACAAAGACCUCCUCCUCAGCUGUAAAGACUACAAAGACCUCCUCCUCAGCUGUAAAGACUACAAAGACCAGCAGCAAACAGACCACCCUGACGGAGAUGUUCCGCAGCUGAGCUCUCUGUGUCCGCAGACUAACAGUGAAACCAGAAAGUGCCCACAGAGUUCACGUUCUUCACUACAUGUGGACACGUGAUUAUCGUGCGGCUUCGUACUGACUCGUUACACCUCAUCAUCUGUUGGACCCGGGUCAUGGGAUGUUUCAGGUCAGUCCUCAGGGGACACAGUCUCAGGUAAUCAGGUCACAUCCCUCCUCCUAGUCCAGACGUCCUGAGGGCCUCAGCAGAGGCGGCUCUGUGGUGGUCCCCUACCUGUGGCCCCGCAGUGAGUGAAUCUCUGAGCGGCUUGUUUUUAAGUUUGACGCUGAAACGAGUUCACGUAUUUUAGUUUUUCAGUUUCACCUUCUGUAAAUUAGUUUUUCAGUUUCAGUGGUUCCACCAGACCUCGGUGGACCACGGCCACUGGUCCUCAUGGAAACAGACCAGAACAAAGUGUGUGGGGGGGGUGACCUGAAAUGUCCCUAACAGGCCACCUUACAGAGAAUAAAGCCUCUGAUUCUGUGUCAUCAGGACAGACUCUAUUUCUUUACCUUCAGAGUUUCUACCAAAUAAAAACUGAUCUGAAAACA